AUGGAGGACGACGCGUUCGAGGGAGACCUGGGCCUCGCCGAGGAGCUGACAAAGCCACCUAACCCCUCAACUGCUGGUAAAAGCCCGCCUGUGGCCGUGGGCUGCCCCGAUGCCAACAGAGCCCACGACGACGAGGUGACCUCCCUGCAGAGCGAGCUGGACAUAUGCCGGCGUUUGCUGAAUGCCAAGUACCUGGCGGCGCACAUCCUGCUCAAGCAGCAGCUGGUGCGAGUCAGCGAGGAGAAGGAGGAGGGUACGCGCCAGAGCCACCGCCAGUGCGGCGAGCUGCUCAAGGAACUCAAUGGCCUCCAGUACGAGCUGCAGUGCAUGGAGGAGCACCUUCGCCGCAGCCAACAGGCUUGGCUCGACCGGCUCAACAGCCUCGUGCAGGAGAACAGCGACAACCUCGAAACGCUCAGAGUACAGGCCGAGGCACUCAAGAGGCUCACCUACACCGCACAAGUGCUGCGACGCGAGCGCGACGAGCUGCUGGCGUUGACGGACGUCAAGGAGCGUGACGUGUACCUGCAGCCGGCGGCCACCAGUAGCCGGUCGCCGCUCGAGCUGGCCGCCCUGGCGGCGUGCCCAUGCCGCGGAGCCCGCCAAGAGCCGUGCGGCUGCGCCCACGCGGCGGCCCACAAGCAGCGCCAGCUGGCCCAACUCAUCGAGCGCACCAAGCGGCUGGAGGCCGAGGCUAGGGACAGCGCCAAGACAGCUGAAAUCUACCGCGAGGCAUUCGAGGUGCAGCUGGCAAAGAAUCGCACGCUCACGCGUCGCCUCGCCCACUUGCAGUCUCGCCGAGACUUGCUCGGGGUGCUGCUCACCAAGAAACCCGAGAGGGGCCUCGUCGACGACCUCGUAGAGAAUUUGUGCGACAAGAACGAGGCCCUGGUCCAUCAGCAGGUUAUGGUCAAGCUGCUUGCUCUACAGCUGGGACACGGAGAUGGCUCCACCUCUCUGCAUGCUGCACUGUGGAUGGUACUGCGGUGGCUGCUCAGCUCAAGAGAAUCGCACGCAGCAGCCCAGUGGGAAGCUUUCGUGGCGUCUUCGAAGUUAGGAGCUUGGGCAGCAGCAGCAGCAUCGCCAUCAGCCUGUUUGUCCUAUGUUGCGUCAUGAACAUCCAUUCGUUGGAGUAAUGGGCUGAACACAGUGCCACCACUUUUUCUGAACAUUUUCGUUUUUGUCAACCACUGUUCACCGCGACCGAAGGGCCGUCGCUUUUAACAAUUUGUGUUGUAUUUUGAUUAAACCAAGUAUUUCGUUGUUUA